UGGAUCAGUUCACUAUCCAAAGUUGUGUUUCUUUGUCCGGUUCUCCGAAUGCACUGAUACUCGAAUGACACAGUCAUUGACAUGUGUCACAAAUGUACAGAUGUCAGUUUGUCAAUUAAUUAACAAUUUAUUUCUUUUAAUCAUAGUUCAGACAUGCCCGAAGCGAAUCAUCUUUCGGACCAAUAUUCGACAUGGGUGGGACUUAUAUACAUUUUUAAUCUGAUCGUCGGCACUGGCGCCCUGACACUACCUGCAGCUUUCAGUCGGGCAGGAUGGGCGCUGGGUCUGACUCUCAUCUUGAUAUUGGCCUUCAUAAGCUUCGUCACUGUAACAUUUGUUAUCGAAGCCAUGGCAUCAGCGAAUGCUGUUGUAACGUGGAAGCGGAUUCAGCAACGCAAACGUACGCUGCAAAUAUCUGGCGAAUCAGCUGCGUCAAACUCUGAUUCUGAAGACACUCCGUUGGUUUCGACAACAGCUGGCAGCCCCGAACGCCAUUGCGCAAACUAUCGUUAUUAUGCUAUACAGGAAAAAAUAGAAAUGGGAGAAAUGGCUUCGAUAUUUUUCACUAGAACUGGUGUGACGCUGUUCUACCUCUGCUUCGCUAUAUACUUGUAUGGUGAUCUAAGUAUCUAUGGUGCAGUGGUGGCCAAAUCGCUUGCUGACGUGGCCUGCACUUAUCAGCCAGCUAAUUUAACUUGCAACGAUACAAUACCUGAUACAGAGGCUUGUUGGGAAGGCGCUGAAACUAACAGGCUAAAUGCCUACAGAAUAUUCUUGACAAUUUUCGUUGCUGUGCUUGGUCCAUUUGUCUUCUUCAAUGUUCAAAAGACUAAGUACCUUCAGCUCCUGACAUCUGUAAUGCGCUGGCUUGCAUUUACCAUUAUGAUUGUCUAUGCUGUGCGAAAAAUUGUAAUCGAUGGACCCCAAGUUGAGACUCCAGCGGCAAACAUUUCGGGAGUUCCUGGCCUUUUUGGCGCUUGUGUGUACUCGUUCAUGUGCCAUCAUUCGUUGCCAGCAUUGGUAGCUCCAAUAGCCAACAAGUCGACGUUAAACCGUUCGUUGUCCUUAGAUUAUAUUCUAAUAGCAAUAUUUUACUUGCUCUUAGCAUUAACCGGCGUAUUUGCAUUCAAACACUUGGAUGAUUUGUAUACCCUUGAUUUUGGACCCAGAGGUUCGGGCGACUGUUCCAAGAGCGACAACAUUUUCAUGGUACUGCUUGAAUAUUUCCUUGCCUUAUUUCCAGUUUUUACCCUCAGUACGAGUUUUCCAAUAAUAGCUCUAACUCUGAGAAAUAAUUUACAAUCGUUAUUUCUAAGCGAUAGUACUACCUAUAAUCUAUGUGUUCGAAGGCUCAUAUUUCCUGUUAUGGCGAUAUUACCGCCAUAUUUAAUCGCUUUGGCUACUAAGGAUUUGUCGGUCCUGGUCAGCAUUACCGGAUCUUAUGCCGGGGCGGGCAUUCAGUAUUUAAUUCCAACUUUCCUUGUUUAUGCAGCAAGACAACAGACAACUAGAACCAUAGGUUCUGGUGUUAUCAAUAAAUUCGCAAGUCCAUUCAGGACAAAUUAUUGGUUAAUAUUUGUUGUCAUUUGGUCAAUUACUUGCAUGGCUUUUGUAUCAGUGAAUUUAUUUGAAAAACAUUUACUAAGAUCUACGGUCAUGUAGUCGACCACCCAUCCAUAAUGAUAGUGAUAGGCUUCACAUUUGUUGAAUAUAGACUUCAUAUCAGCUGUGUGUAUUUCCCAUUUUUUACGCGCCUCAGUUGUCAAUCAUAAAAUAAGAAAGGACUUUUGAGCUUAUAUCGGUGCAAUUUGAAACUCCGUUUGUACUGCCAUUUAAAUUUACUUGCAACUGGAGAAUAGACUAGAUAAUUUCUUUUGAACUGUCUGAGAUUUGUCAUUUUCAGUUCGUUAGGUAUUGUAGAAACAGUUUGGAGGCUUUUCGAAUCAAAGAAUUGAUUAUAUUCAUUGACGAGAAAUAUUUCUCAAGAUUAAAUCUGUUGGACUGAAAUCGUAGACGUAUGUCCAUGUUACGUUUGUAGAGUUGUCAAGAUCUAAAAAUUGAAGUGAACUAGACUUUAAUUAUAGAGUGUGGGUAGCAAACGGAUUUAAUUUGAAUGCAUUUAGACUGGAUUUAUACUUAAUUUUAUUAAUCUUAAACCAAAGAGAAACAAAACUGCUAAAAAAAUUAAUUUCAGUUGACAUUUUCGAUGUAAUAUAGUGUGUAAUUUACAUUACCGAUGGACCUACCGAACAGUUUUUUUGCAAUUACAAAUUACUCUAACAAUAUUUCUUUGAUCUUCCUUGGACCUGCUCUAAAAUGAAGCAAUUCGAUUUUCAUGUUAUAAGUGAAUAUAAUUUCCUCAACAUUCCCAGAUUUCAUUCUGUAAUCAUAAGAAUAAUAAUUAUUCAUAAUCUCUUUUCGGUAUAUUUAAUGUUCACUUGGAUUACUAGGGUUAUAUGUUAAUUAUUAACCACAUAAAUAAUUACUGAACGAUGUCUUAUAUGUACAUAAAUGGAGAUUGUGUACAUAUAAUUAUGUACAUAAAUAUGUGCAAACAAUCAGCAUGUUUAUGAGACAAUAGCAGAUGAGUGUCAGACAAUAGCGUAUGUAAUUGAUGGCAAUAACAUAUUUGUAAAUUGGCUAAAAUAUUAAAAAAUAUUGGCCAAAGCCUUGCAAUAUGGGUUAAAAAAUGUAACUAAUAUUUUUAUUAUAUAUCUGAGCACAUCGCACGGGAUAGAGUUCUUAAUGCAGUGUCUUCGAGUAUUCUAUGCUUGUACUGAUUUGAUUCCUUAUCAUAAUUAUUCAGUUGCUUAAAAUAUAAUUAGGAGUACGCAUCACCAAUACAGCGUUUCAUUUUUAUUUAAUUUAGUGUUUUAUGUGACUGUGUUCACAAUCAGUUGAAUUACAAUUGGCUAUAGUUAACCUAUUUGGUAAUU